UUCAGGUUGGGUCGCAAAGAUGGCGUCUCCUGCUUCUGCCCGGCCUUCGGCCGGGAAGCGAGUGGUGAAUCAGGACGAACUGCGGCGGUUGAUGAAGGAGAAGCAGCGUCUGAGCACCAACCGGAAACGGAUAGAAUCUCCAUUCGCGAAGUACAACCGUUUGGGGCAGCUAAGUUGUGCCCUGUGUAACACGCCGGUUAAGAGCGAGCUCCUGUGGCAGACUCACGUCCUGGGAAAGCAGCACCGGGAGAAAGUGGCUGAGCUGAAAGGCGCGAAGGAGGCCACCCAGGGUCCAUCCACCAGUGCAGUGCCUCAGUCCGCCAAGAGGAAGGGGCCGGACGCAGAAAGCCAAGAUGCCAAAAGAGCGAAGGCCUCCCCGGUGCCUCAGGUACAGCCCUCCUCUUCCGCUUUGGCCACCAACUUUAACAAAGCAGGAAAGGAGUCCACUAGAGCGACCCUCAGUAAGGCUUCGGGACUCGGUUUGCUCCCUGAUUAUGAGGAGGAGGAGGAGGAGGAGGAAGCAGGAGGAGAAGAGAAGAGGGGGGAAGCCUGUAAGCAGCAGUCCAACGUGCACUCACUUUCCUCCCCGCGGGAGGCAAGUGGUAGUAGUAGGCUGCCAAGCAAUUUCUCGGAUACAAAUCCUCCCAAGGCCCCUUUAAUUCCUCAUUCAGGGUCAAUUGAGAAAGCAGAAAUACAUGAAAAAGUAGUGGAAAGGAGAGAAAACACCGCGGAAGCGUUACCGGAAGGCUUUUUUGACGACCCUGAGGUAGAUGCGAGGGUACGAAAGGUUGAUGCUCCCAAGGAUCAGAUGGACAAAGAGUGGGACGAAUUUCAAAAAGCCAUGAGACAGGUCAACACUAUUUCCGAAGCCAUAGUUGCUGAAGAGGAUGAGGAGGGACGGUUGGACCGGCAGAUUGGGGAGAUCGACGAGCAGAUAGAGUGUUACCGCCGGGUGGAAAAGCUGCGGAAUCGCCAGGAUGAAAUAAAAAAUAAGCUUAAAGAGGUCCUGACCAUAAAAGAACUUCAGAAAAAGGAAGAAGAGAAUGUUGACAGCGACGAUGAAGGAGAACUACAGGAUUUGUUGUCUCAGGAUUGGAGAGUGAAAGGAGCUUUAUUAUAGGUUUCAAAGACCCGAGAUUUCUACACCCUCUACGACUGUGUAAAAAGUGCCGUCUCUCAGUGCGAUGUCGUUUACUCCAUGCCUAGAAAUUUGGUAACCUAAUGGGGUUGUUGAGAUACAACGAGCCUGUGAAGAUAAGGCUUUGGAAAAUUGGUGUAAAAUAUUUUUGAGGUAAAGGUGUUUUUGAAGUAUUAUAUAUACUAAAAUGCUAACUUUUUCACACCCUUACAGAUCUGAAGUUUUGAGUUGUAAAAUCUAUAAGCUGUAAAUAUUGUACAUAGUUAAAUAUAUAUUUGCUUAAGAAUUCUGUUUUGAAAUUUAUAGUUCAUAGAAGUCAGACCAACGGACGAGCUUUUAGAUGAAAACCAAGUGUGUCAUGUGGAUGUGUAUGGCUUUUUUCUUUCUAAGUCAAUCUCAAGAGGAUUUGGGUUGGGAGGGUUAUUUUGCUUUUAAGAACACUACUCAUAAACAUGUAAAUCGUUCAGGGCUAAUCAGUUCUCUGAGUUUUCUGUUUCAAGACCGUGCUCCAGGAGAACAUGGUGAAAAAUAUAUGCCAAAUAUGACCAACUUUCUUGACCCAAAGUUUCUCAUGAUGAAACCAGUGAUUAUCAGAUGUAGGUGCACAAGAAGGUAUCAUAAAAAAGCUUUCUAAAAAGUGCGCAUGAAUCACCUGUGAAACUAUAAAAAUUUUAUGUGCUUGAUCCCUACCAUUGGAGAGAUUCAGUAAAUCUGGAGUGAGGCUCACACAUCUGUAUUAGUUUUGAAAGCUUCCCAGGUUAUUCUCAUAAGAGCAAAGUUGAAGCACUACUGCCCAAAAUCCAGAUCCCAUUUACAUUUUUUUCAGGCUUUGUUUUUUUUCUUUAAAUGACACAUUCCAUAAGUUUACUAUCUAUUGCAUAAAAGAAAUGUUAUCUUUUAUUUAUAUUCCAUCUAGUCUUAAAUUUUAUUAUUACGUAUUGUGAUAAAUUAGUGUUCAGAGUUAACAGGUUCUAUCAGUUGUAGGAAGGAGGUAUUAAGUUGUUUCUCAGCAGUAACAAUUAGUUUGUGCUGGUCAUCGAUAGUUUAAUUCACUGCUUCUCCUUUUGGAGAUAGAGGUAUUCAAAUAGGAAAAGGGAAUUAGCAGGGUUCCAGGGAUAGAAAUGCACACAGCACAUUCAAAUAAAAGUGAGCAGUGAUAAUAGCUAAGUCUUUCUUAAAAUAUUGGCCAGGCAGAGUUCUAAAUGCUUACCUAGUUUUUUUCUAAAGCCCAGGUGUUGAGCCCAGGGAUAAGGUAUGAAAAACCCUUGAAUGUUGGAUCAAAGAAUUCUUCCUGUAGGCAAUGUGGGUAAAAUGGAGGCUUUUGAGCAGAGAGUUAUAUCUGCAAAAAAUAUUACGGGAGAUUAUUUUAAUUGCAAUGUACAGAAUGUAAUGAAUAUGGGUAGGGGGAAGGAAGCUGGGAGACUACUUAGAAACUAGAUUUUAAAAGUAAGGCGACUGAGACUUUAAUUAGGUAUAUAUUGAUAGGAAAGUAAUAGAAUUGAAACAAUUUCUUAAGAAGAGCUAACAUUCUAGUGACUAGAAGUGAAUAAAAACAGAGAUAGAUGGAACUCAGGGGCUUUGGGUUUUUCUAGUGUGGGUGCCUAAAAGAAGUUAUCUAACACUUGUGGAGCACAUCAGUUACCCUGCAGCCUUUGGCAGAAAAUCUUUGCUUUCUUGAGCUGUCCAGCUGAUAAUGUUCAGUUUGAUAACGUAAAGGGCAUGUCUGCAUCAAAUGUGUGAACCUCCACUGAAGAGUUUUCUAUCAUUUAUGAUUUUAUUAUUUCAGGAUGUGAGAAAGUACAAACGUAGACUUGAAAGGUGGGCCCAUAAAGGACAGUGCAGGUUUAAAGAGAAGGGUAUUCAGAUGGAAAAACAAAACAUGCUCAGGAGGUAGUGAGCAGCCCAGUUUAACGAGAGCAGAGUGUUCGUUCCUGACAACAGUGGGAGUUACAGUUGAAAAGGUGGUUACAAACCAUUGUAGAGAGCCUUGAAUGCCAUGCUCUAAGGAGUUGGAACCUUCACUAAGUUAACUGAGUAUCCUUGAGGUUGUUGAGUCCUUAAUUGUAACACAGUUAAAGAGCUUAAGGAGUACCAGGCAUAUAAACCCCCAUUGGCUUUUUAGGAGGACCAAAAGCUUUCAAAAUCUCCCAAUGCUCUGUAUCUCAGAGCAUGAGUGGAUGGGGCCCUCACCAAAAUCAGGUGAAUCUUUGUUGGACCUGAGAUCGAUGUGGACAGCUUCAGGGGUUGCUGGAUCCUUCCUAAUCCUCCAUACUUAGGAGAUAGCCUUUAUACCUCUUAGAACUGGGUGAAAUAAGUUUUUGUAUUAGAGUAAUACCACCAAGGAUUUCUUCCUGCCACUUGUUCUCUCUUUAGAGAACUCCCUAAUUCAGCCAACAUUUAUAGGCAUACAUCAAAAAUAUUGCAGGUUCUGUUCCAGACCACCACAGUAAAGCAAAUAUCUCAAUAAACUAAGCCAUGCAAACUUUUUGGUUUUCCAGUGCAUAGAAAAGUUAUGUUUACACUAUACUGUAGUCUAUUAAGUGUGCAAUAGCAUUAUGUUUUGGAAAAAAUGUACGUAGCUUAAUUUUAAAAUUAUUGCUAGCAACUGCUAACUAUAUAUAUAUAACAAUCAUAGUAACAUCAAAGAUCACUAAUCAUAGAUCACCAUAACAUAUAAUAAGGGAAAAGUUUGAAAUAUUGUGAGAAUUUCCAAAAUGUGACACAGACACAAAGUAAGCAAAUGCUGUUGGAAAAAAUGGCUCCAAUAGACUUGCUCAACACAGGGUUCCCACAAACCUUCAAUUUGUUAAAAAAAAAUAAUAAUACUACAAUAAAAUGAGGUAUGCCUGUGUAUUAAAAUUAUUGUAAAUACUACAAAGGUAGUCUUCUCACCCAUUUCACUUACCAGUUAAGUACAUUUCCCCUCACUUGUAGGGAAAAAAAAUGCUGAUCUCCUAACUAGCCUUUAAAUGUCCAUUUGUCCGGUGCCUUACAAUUUACAAAAUGCCUUCACAUAUAUCUCAUUUAAUGAUGAAAGUAAUGACUACUUUUUAAAUACCAGGGAACAAAAUAAGAUGCUAUGGAAUUAAAAUUGCAGGGGAAAGAGUAUAUAAUUUAGUCUAAAACCUUUAAUGUAACUCUCACUAGAUAAGUAUGGAGUAGUAGGAAAGAACAAGGAAAUUGGCGAGAGAAAACAGAAGACAGGUUCAAGUUCCCACUCUAGCUGUUGAAGUCUGGUGAUCUUGGGCAAGUUGCCUCUAAAACUUAAUUUGUUCUUCUAUAAAAUGAUGAUACCUCACGGUGUGGUGAGAGUCUAACGACACAUGCGUGUGAAAAGGGUUUAUAAUCUGAAGUUUCUAAAUAAAGUAAUAAAAGUAUUUCUACUAGUAGUAUCUGGUUCUAACCCUGCCCAUGCUACUAACUUGCUAACUUGGUCUUAGGCUAAUUAAUGCCCCUUAAUUCCCAUUGUAAAAUGAGGGAAUUAGAGCAGAUGAUUUUUUUUUUUUUUAGAUUUCUUUCAACUCCAGAUCCUUAAUUUUGCCAUGAGACAAGUGAAGUCUCACCUUUUAAUUAUAUUUUAUUUUAUUUUAUUCUUAUUUUUUAUUGAAAUUAGUCAGUUGACAAUGGUAGUUUCCAGUGUACAGCAAAGCGAUUCAGUUACACAUAUACAUACAUGUAUAUAUGUGUGUGUAUAUAUAUAUUUUCAGAUUCUUUCAUAGCUCAUUACAAGAAACUGAAUAUCGUUCCCUGUGCUAUACAGUAGUUCCUUGUUGUUAUCUAUUUUAUAUAUAGUGAUGUGUAUCUGUUAAUCUCAAACCCUGAAUCUGUCCCUUCCUCCCUUUCCCCUCCGGUAAUCAGUUUUUUUCCUAUGUCUGUGAGUCUAUUUCUGGUUUGUAAACAAAGUUUUGUUGUUUUUUUUAGAUUCCAGAUAUAAGUGACAUAAUAUGAUAUUUAUCUUUCUCUGACUUACUUCACCUAGUAUGAUAAUCUCUAGGUCCAUCCAUAUUGCUGGAAAUGGCAUUAUCUCAUUCUUUUUAUCCAUCUUUAUCCAUUCAUCUGUUGAUGGACAUUUAGGUUGUUUCCGUGACUUGGCUAUUGUAAAUAAUGCUGCUGUGAACAUUGAAGGUGCACAUGUCUUUCUGUAUUAAUAGUUUCUCUGGAUAUAUGCCCAGGGCUGGGAUUGCUGGAUCAUAUGUUAAGUCUAUUUUUAGUUUUUUAAGGAAGCUCCAUACUGUCCUCCAUAGUGGCUGCACCAAUUUGCAUUCCCACCAACGGUGUAGGAGGGUUCCUUUUUCUCCACACCCUGUCUAGCUUUCAGCUUUUCACCAUUGAGUGUGAUGUUAGCUGUGGGUUUGUCAUAUAUGGCCUUUAUUAUGUUGAGGUAUGUUCCCUCUAUGCCUACUUUCUGGAGAGUUUUUAUUAUAAAUGGAUGUUGAAUUUUAUCAAAAAGCUUUUUCUGCAUCUAUUGAGAUGAUCAUAUGGUUUUUAUUCCUCAAUUUGUUAAUGUGGUGUAUCACAUUGAUUUGCAGAUAUUAAAAAAUCCUUGCAUCCCUGGGAUAACCCCA